AUGACACAAACUGAUAAUAAAAAUGAAGAAAAAACCGAUUUUGAAAAUGCAAUAAAAUUGUGUGGAUAUGGAAAAUUUCAUUAUGGUUUUAUAUUACUUUGUGGAUUAAUAUUUUUUUGUGUUGGAUGUCAAAAUGGUGUUAAUUCAUAUAUACUACCAUCAGCUGAGUGUGAUUUAAAUUUAAAAUCUGAAGAAAAAGGUUUUUUAAAUGUUGCAUUUCUCAUUGGUGGUGUAAUUAGUGCAUUAUUUUGGGGUGUAUGUGCCGAUACAUAUGGAAGAAAAAAAAUUAUUGCAGCAACAUUAUUUAUUGAUGCAAUAAUGACAUUUGCUGCAAGUUUUUCACAAACUUUUGGUGUACUUGUUGUAUUCAGAGCAUUAAGUGGAUUCACAAUUGGGGCACCUGGUUCACUUAUAUGUACAUAUCUUGGAGAAUUUCAUUCAUCAAAACACAGAGUCAAGGCUAUUUGUUAUGUUGGAUUUUUUUGGACAUUAUCAUGGCUUGUUUUACCAGCAUUGGCAUGGAUAAUAAUACCACUUAAAUUUUCAUUUGUAAUAAUGGGAUUACAUUAUAAUUCUUGGCGUUUUUUUCUUGCAAUUAUUGGAUUUCCAUCAUUUAUUAUGAGUUUAAUUAUCAUGACAUAUCCAGAAAGUCCAAAAUUUCUUUUAUCACAAGGAAAAAAUAAUAAAGCAUUGAAAAUAUUAAAAAAAAUUUAUACAAUAAAUAUGAAUAACAGCCAAUUAGAUUAUCCGGUCAAAUACUUAUUUGUAUCAUCAAAUGAAUCUGGUAAUUGUCAAAGAACAAAUGAAAAUAUAUUUAAAAUAAAUGAUGGACCUUCUAGUUUUUUAUUUCAAUUGUUAAAAAAUGCAUGGACUCAAGUUCAAGCAUUGGCAUCACCACCAUUAUCAUACCAUGCAAUUAUUUGUUGGACAAUUUAUUUUACAAAUAUGUUUGGUUAUUAUGGAUUUGGUUUAUGGAUGCCUGAAUUAUUUAAUCGUUUUGAUAAAUUUUAUAAACAACAUCCAAAUGUAACAUCAGUUAGUGUAUGCAAUUUAGUAGCCUUGAAUGAAACAACAACAACAACAACAACAUCAACAACCUUAAUGAUCAACAAGCUAAAUUGCAAUCAUCAAAGUAUCGAUCAACAGGUUUUUAUUGAUUCAUUGAUUAUCAAUGCUGUUUGUUUAUUUGGUAAUUUAUUAUCUGGAUUUUUUGCUGAUAGACUUGAAAGACGCACAAUGCCAGUUUUAUUAACAUUUAUUGCUGGUAUUACUGGAAUUGGAAUAUAUUUUGUAAAUUCAUCACGUCAACUUUUAUUAAUUUCAUGUUUAUUUUCAUUAACAAUAUCAACUGCAAAUUUUGUGAUAAGUAGUAUUGUUGUUGAUAUAUUUCCAACUUAUGUUGGUGCAUUGGCAAUUUGUAUAAUGUCAUGUUUUGGAAGAAUUGGUGCAAUUGCAAGUAAUUUAACUCUUGGAUAUUUUCUUGAUAUUAAUUGCGAAAUACCAAUAUUUCUUGUUGCUGGUAUUGUUAUGGCUGGAGCUGUAUUAUCACUUUUACUUCCUUCAGUAAAAACGUGAUAAAAAAAAUU